AGAUCAAAUGUUACUGUUUGCAGAUGCUCAUAAUGUGAUGUGAUAUUUGCCAAAAGCCUUGAGCCUCCAACAGUGUCAGAAAAUCCGAUACCACAAAAAGAACAAGUUCUAAAUGUGCAAAAAUGUUCUCCCAAAUCUGAGGGAGGAGGGAUGCUAAAUAGCUAAACCAACAGCAGCAGAACACGAAACCGAGAGAGACAGAGAGAUAUCCCCAGAGUCAAGUUCUGAUUACGCGAUGCAUGUGAAUUAUAAAAGGAAUAUGAACGGGCAGCCGUUGAGUGCCGAUAUGAGCAAUCGGAUCAUUAAUCUGACGACUGGCAAGAACUGCAGCACUUCAUCCACAGAUUCUGGUGUCAUACUCAUCGAUAAUGUGCCUAACUUCAAAGCUGAGGGACCAAUGACCAAAGAUACGAGUAGCAGCAGCGAUGAGGAGCCCCAGUCAAGACCCAAGGCGGAAGCGAAUACGAAGUCACAGGAUCCCAAGCUCAUUAGCAUCGAGCAUACAAUAAAUAUCAGUCAGAGUAAAGGGGCUAAGACCUCGCCCACUCUCUCCAUUCGGAGUACGACUAUCUCGAUUGUGUCCAUCGAUGAGAAUGCCCUCGAUUCCAGCUGCAUUGAUAGCGACUCCGAUGUCGAGGGCAGCCACGAUGACUGCACGGUCCAGAAGCUAGGCCAGCAGAUCAGUUACCCGCCCAACUGCAGCUCCCAGCUUCGUGACCUUAACCAGGGCCUGACCCUAAUAAGUCGUCAGGUGACACCGGGCCAGACCGAAGUGCCGCCACCCACAGCCUCCGAGGCUGGGGCCAUGGCCAAGCAGCUGCUCAACGGGAGCCUGGCCUUGGCCACCCCCACCCAAACCGGGCCCAAUUCGCCGCAGGGCAUCGGCAGCAUAGCGCUGACCAACUCCACAGACGUGACCUUCGGGGACAAGCACUUCUAUGAGGGUCCCGUCACGAUACAACAGUUUCUCAUCGACAAUCGGGACAAGUGGAAACCCGGCGAUUGCGCCGAUGGCGGUUUGGGCGCUGGCCAAGAUAAUCCCGCCUUCAAUGGUCGCCCCCAGGCGAAUGGCACUCCAGCGGGUUCCAAGCUUGAUGAUCCUGGUCAGCAGGCGCCUAUGCUCUGUCCGUAUCUGCCAAAUACCAUAAGUCGCAAGGCCAUCAGCAUAACGGUGGCAUUUGUAUUGUUAACAACACUAUUGGGCAUCAUUUUGGCCACCACAACGAACCUCUUUGGCAAGACGUUGAACAAAACUGACUUUGAUGUCAUCGACAAUGGCACCCUAGUCAUGCUCAAAGUUGCCGAAUGGGGUGGUAAGCCCCCCAAGACCACUCUAGAUCCCUUGGACCUGCCAGUUCAUCGUGUAAUCAUCUCACACACAGCCGCCGAAGGCUGUGAAUCGAGGGAGAUCUGCUCGAAUCGCACGCAGGUCGUUCAGUCCUUUCACGUAGACAGCUGGGGCUGGGAUCAUAUCGGUUAUAACUUUCUUGUGGGCGGCGAUGGACGCGUCUACGAGGGACGCGGCUGGGAUCGAGUGGGUGCCCACACCAAGGGCUAUAAUAAAGGCAGCAUAGGUAUCUCCUUCAUUGGUACCUUUACGGCUAUAAGGCCAGCAGAGAGGCAGCUCAAGGCCUGCCAGCUCCUGAUUUCCGAGGGAGUGCGUCUCAAGAUGCUGGCCCCCGACUUUCGGCUAUACGGACAUCGACAACUAAGUGCCACCGAGAGUCCCGGCGAGGAGCUGUACAAAAUCAUCCAAAAAUGGCCACAUUGGUCUCACGACAUAUAGUUUAGAUCUAAGUUUAGUUAAGUUUUGUUUAAUGGAAUGGCUUAUAUAUUAUCUAUGUUCAAAUAGAGUCUAUCUACACACUCACACAAGGAAAAGCCCAUUUGCAUUUUCAUUUUCAACACAAAAAAAAUUACCUCAUCCAUUCGUUUCCUGUUGGAACCUGUUCCGUCACGGGUUCUCGUUUUGUCCAAAACAACAACAAAAAAUGUGUCCAAAAGUGUUGCCUAAAGUUGAGUUGAAUGGAAUAUAUGACAUGUAUGUACUCUACUCUUCUUAUCACUUCCCCUACUACUCCCCAAACGGC